AUGAAGCUCCUCACCCUCACCGCCCUCGCCUCCAGCGCCUCGGCCUCCUACUUCUCCCUCCUCGCCGUCCGCUCCGCCUCCCCCAUGCACUACGGCACCAUCAACGCCAACGAAAGCGGCAUCUGGAUCGGCAAGGACGCCGGAUCGUACUGCCCGCCCAGCUUCGCCGAGCAGAACAUCACCUGCCCAAACACCGGACGCACCGUCUUCUCCAGCUCGGGUGUAGCUAAUGGCUCGCUGGCGUUGGGCGUGAGUGUCCCAGGCGCUCAGCAGGUCUACAUCGACCCAGCCUACGGCAUCGUCUCGUUCACCCAACCUCACAGCGCCCAAAUGCCCGAGGGAUCGAUCCUCGAGGGCUGGACAUUCAGCAACGGCUCCUCGUUCGGCACGCUCUCAUGGUCGAACGGUAUCCUCUUCUGCUCCCUUUCUGGAAACGAUAGCUCCGUUGGCCCGUGGCAGAUGUAUGCUGCUCUGCCGCAGCUUCACUUCGGCCCUGCUUGCCUUGGUGCUUCGCUCAUUGCGAGCAAUGAGAGCGGACCAGGUGCUUGGGAGUACUUGUAG